CUCGGAAGAAAAUGUUAGAAGAGCACCUCGAGGAAUGGUACCGUGGACCCGUGAGCUUGCCCGAACCUGACACAACGGAAUUCAAGCAGUUUGAGCGGCUCCAAGGAGACUUGGCCAUCAAGCGCUUUGAACUGUUAUCCGCUCACCUGUUUCACUGGCCUAGUACUAUAACACGCGAUGCUCCAACAGAUAUCUCGAUCGACCGACUGCGUUCGAAGAAGGAUAUCCACACUCAUUUCCACUCGAGCCUACUACCGCUACUCAAGCAACAUUUCAACAGUGUCGCAGAAGUUCUGGGUGACCUAACUGAAUUGCGCAAAGACCCGGCACCCAGAAUCCAGCGUGUUCUAGAAAUCCAACCGUAUCUUCAUCGGGAUUUGGAUCAAAUGAUUCGGAUCAUCGAUGACAUCAUUCCCGGAAAAGUACCUGAACCCAGCCAAACGAACGAUCAGCACUUCGAACAUUUCAAAUCUUACAGAUUAUUCGGCCUGGACAACUGCAUCAGAGGGGAGUUAAGAUGCCGCAUCGCCGGAUUUUUCUACGACUCCUGUAUAAUUAUUGAAGAGCUCAAGCUCCCGGCAAGGAAGAGGUUCCCAAGUUCCUUGGGUAGUCAACAUUCUCUCAAUGCCGCAUUCGAUACAACCCUCAAAUGGCUGAAUGAGGACCCAGGAAACCCCCUGUAGACCACAGUAACCAAAAUGUAUGAAUGGAUAUUCA